ACCAAGACGGAGGCCAUUUUUUUUUUUCGAGAGCACGGUAAUAAGAACACUACGGGGACUCACUCCGCCUGAACCAUGGGCAAGCCAAAGCAGGGCAAGUCUGGCAAGAAAGGCAAGGGCUCCACGGCCAGCAAGGACCGGUCUCCGAGCCAGAAAACCAAAUCGAACGAGUCCAAGACGCCGGAAUCCGGGGCGUACACCCCGACCAGUGGAGGCGAGUCCGGAACCAAGGCCUCGUCCACAUGGCCCCCGGCCCUGAACCGACCCAUGAUGUCGCCGCUGGUGUUGCCCUCGGACUACACCCGGGACGAACUCCGGCGACCGUCGACGAUAUACAUCUGGGACUGGGACAACAUGUGGUUCUACCCCAUGGGCCUGCUGGCCAUCGGGAUCAUCGUGCUCGGCAUGGUCGCCUUGUGGCACGUCCUGCCGGCUCAGGACGCGCGCCGCGGCCCGAGCAACGCGGCGGGCCUUGCCGCCAGCGACACUGCCAACGCGACCGAAGGGGCAGCCCUCGCGACGCUUCAGGGCUCGCUCUCGAGCAAGGCGGCGAGGCUUGCCGUCGGCAACGCGACAGACGACGAGCUCACCGCGCUUCACGCCGCCCUGCUCGUCCCGCCGCACGACGACGACGCGGGAGGCGGCCGGGCCACCGAAUUAGAGCCGGAAGCCACCGCGUCGAGUUCCCGCGCCCAUCGCGUGCCUCGUGAAAGAGCCCGCCCGCCGACGGCCUCGCCCAAGUCCACGCCGGCUGGAGCUGAAGCCCCAGAGAGGCCGAGACACUCUCGGCAAUCCACGCGCCAAUCGCCAGCGAGUUCGCGGAAGUCGAGUUCUACGGGGUCUGCGGUACCGGCGUCGGAAGGCGGCGCGGAGAGCUUGGCGUCGCCGGUGCGUUUGCUCGGCACUUCCAAGGGGACCUACGAUUCGUCAGUCGGACCUGCUGCACCCUCCGUAACGCCGUCUUCAACUCAACAGUCGUCGACGGUAGACUCCUACUCGACGCAGGCUCCGACUUCCAGGUCCACGGAAAGCUCCAGCGGGGCACCGGCUUCGUAGAUGCAGCUGGCCGUCGAUCGCGUGCAAUAGACUUGUAAAUCGAGGUUGUUUGUUGUCUAUUGUCCGCGCAGCUAUCGGUAUCGGCAGUGUUGCUUAUCCACGGCUGUGCAAUUGAACCGAUCGGUUUAUUAAUUAGCGCGACCGGUCACUGAAAUCCCAGUGUCUAGAAAGCACAACUUCCACUUAGUGUUGCCACAAUUAUGGUGAAUGUAGUACGGCAAUUGCAUACACUGUAAAAAAUGUCCGUCAUUAUACGGAGGAUUUCCGUCAUUAUCCGGAGAACUGCAGGGUAAAAAUACGGAAACUAUGUCAUACUUCAAAAAUUCGGCAAAAUCUGCCGUUAAUAUACGGAAAGUGCUCUCCGUUUUCAGCUUUA